CCAGCAAGAAGCAACAGUCGCACCAUGGUUCCUCAGGCUCGCCGUCGGCUGGUGUUUUUCUGCUUUCUGCUCCAGCUUCAGGGAUCCCUAGGAACUGUAGUUUUUGUAACCCAGGAGGAAGCACACAGUGUCCUCCACAGGCAAAGGCGUGCCUACGCGUUCCUGGAGGAGCUGUGGCCGGGAUCCCUGGAGAGAGAAUGUCUCGAGGAGCAGUGCUCCUUUGAGGAAGCCCGAGAGAUCUUCAAGAGCACGGACAGAACAAAGCAGUUCUGGAUCGUGUACACAGAUGGGGACCAAUGCGCCUCAAAUCCGUGCCAGAACGGGGGCACCUGCCAGGACCACCUCCAGUCUUACAUCUGCUUCUGCCUCAUAGACUUUGAGGGCCGGAACUGUGAGAAAAACAAGAAUGAGCAGCUGAUCUGUGCCAAUGAUAACUGUGGCUGUGACCAGUACUGCACUGACCAUCCAGGGACCAAGUGCACCUGCCACUGCCAUGAGGACUAUGUGUUGCAGCCUGAUGGGGUGUCCUGCAAACCAAAAGUUGAGUAUCCAUGUGGGAAAAUACCUGUUCUGGAAAAAAGAAAUUCCAGCGGCCCCCAAGGCCGGAUUGUGGGAGGCAAGGUGUGCCCCAAAGGGGAGUGUCCAUGGCAGGCUGUGCUGAAAAACAGUGGGUUACUGCUGUGUGGGGCCAUCCUAUUGGACAGUACGUGGAUUGUGUCUGCAGCCCACUGUUUCGAUACUAUCAGGAGCUGGAGGAACAUAACAGUGGUGAUGGGUGAGCAAGACUUCAGCGAGAAGGAUGGGACCGAGCAGGUACGACGGGUCAGACAGGUCAUUAUUCCUAACAAGUACAUCCCAGGCAAGAUCGACCAUGACAUUGCCCUGCUCCGUCUCCACCAACCUGUGACCUUCACUGACCACGUAGUACCCCUGUGCCUGCCUGAAAGGGCCUUCUCCGAGAGAACACUCUCCAGAAUCCGCUUCUCAAGGGUCAGUGGCUGGGGCCAGCUGCUAGACCGCGGGGCCACGGCCCUGGAGCUCAUGGCUGUCGAAGUGCCCCGGAUGAUGACUCAGGACUGCCUGGAACACGCCAAGCACAGUCCCAGCACCCCCCAGAUCACUGACAACAUGUUCUGCGCUGGCUAUAUGGACGGCACGAAGGAUGCCUGUAAAGGCGACAGUGGCGGCCCCCACGCCACACACUACCGUGGCACCUGGUACCUGACAGGUGUGGUCAGCUGGGGCGAGGGCUGUGCAGCUGUUGGCCACGUUGGAGUGUACACCAGGGUCUCCAGGUACACAGAAUGGCUGAUCAAGUUCAUGAACUCCAAGCCCCAGGUUGGGAUUUUUCGAGUCGAGCUACUCUAACUCCUUGGACAGCCCAACCUUUCCCCAGGAGGAAGCUACUGCUGUGUAGAGCUGUUUUGUAUCAAAUCCUAUGGAGUCUCCUGCUAUUCUUGGGGGUGGGGAAGGAGAAAGAGAUGAAGAGAUAAAGGGGGCAGAAAGAGAUAUCAGAGAGAGGAAAACAGGAAGAGAAACAGAAAGAGGGAUCUGAAUGAGAAACUAACAAAGAUACUCAGGGACUGGAUGGUAGAGCCACAGACGGGCAGCCCAAAGGGGCAGGGUGGCCCUGAGGGAGAUGAGGUCCAGCCCUUGCUGCUGCCUCCCUGCAGGUGCCUCCCAUCUGCAUGUGCUCUGCCUGCAGUGCUGCAGUGUGCACACGUGCAUGUAGAACGCGUGUGCACAUGCAUGUGUGUGCGCUCACAAUGUA